AUGUCGAAGGAGGUACGUUUUUCCUAACGAGUAUCUACAUAACAUUUUAUGUGCUUUUAGCGUUUAAUUUAACGUGUACGUUGACCAAUCUAACCAAAAUGGCUUUCCACUCGCGAGUAUCUAUUACAGCCAUAGCUCAUGUGGGGACGCCGCCAUCUUGCAGGCCUCAUGGCCUUUUAUUGUUCGUGCGUUUUGCUCAGCCAUUUUGCAAUAAAGGACGUACCAUUUCUCAUUGUGUUGUGUUUAAUGUUAGUCAAAUCAUGUAAUCCAUGAUUCACCCAUCGCAUAUUACCUCGUUUCUUGUUUUGGUUCACAUUUGCCGAAUGUACAACAUGGCGCUGUCGACCCCAUGUUAACGGCAUCUGAUAUUACUGUUUGAACUCCGCAAAGUGUUUGUUUUGACGAAUUUUAACUGCAUGAAAAUUGACCAACUGUUGGGGUAACCAAUAUUUCGAGUUCGCCACAAUGUAGCGCUCGCUUGCUGAUCUGCGUCUUUUGUUCUAAAUAUAUAUUUUUUUUUUUUCCCUCCAGGCCCCACGUGAACCCGAGCAGCUCCGCAAACUGUUCAUCGGAGGUCUGAGCUUCGAAACCACGGAUGAGAGUUUGCGAGAACACUUCGAACAAUGGGGAUCUCUUACAGAUUGUGUGGUGAGUUUCUAUAUAUUAAAAUAUAGCUAGCAAUAUUAUUAACAGAUGCAGGGAGAACUGUACAGGAAUGGACUACAGUGGCACACUGGUUUCCAUUGCUUGUGAAUGAAUGUUUGGUGAACCUAAAUGGAACAUCUGUCGAUUUUAAUAAUAUUUUGCGUUAAACUAAAUCUCAUCAACAGGUCAUGAGAGAUCCAGCCAACAAACGCUCCAGAGGUUUUGGGUUUGUCACCUACUCUGGUGUGAAUGAGGUUGAUGCUGCCAUGGAAGCACGCCCCCACAAGGUUGACGGGAGGCUGGUAGAGCCCAAGAGGGCAGUGUCCAGAGAGGACUCUAGCCGUCCAGGUGCUCACGUCACAGUGAAAAAGAUAUUUGUUGGCGGUAUCAAGGAAGACACAGAAGACUCCCACCUGCGAGACUACUUUGAGCAGUUUGGCAAGAUUGAAGUAAUAGACAUUAUGACCGACCGCACCAGUGGCAAGAAGAGGGGCUUCGCCUUUGUCACGUUUGAUGACCAUGAUGCUGUGGACAGGAUUGUCAGUAAGUAAUUGUCUCAACACUGAAUCUCUUUUGUAUUGGAAUGAAAAUAGCUGACUUUCAUGAGUUAUCUGCUGGAAUUUAACACAGCCAUUCUAUCUCCAGUCCAGAAAUACCACACGGUAAAUGGUCACAAUUGCGAAGUGAGGAAAGCAUUGUCCAGACAGGAGAUGCAGACAACAGGAGUGGGAAUGAGGGGUGGUAAGUACAUUUGCACACUGAAAGGGACAGGAGUAUUUCCUGCUUCAGGACAUGUGGUCUGACCUGGAAAAACAAACACAUUAUAAUGAUGCGUCUUAUUUGAGUACUGAUCAGUCACUUUGCGUAAUAUAAUUGGCAAGAUUGAUUUAGUAGUUCAAUCAUGAGUUGUUUCUAUUGCGUUGAGCUGGUACUAAUUGUUUGAAUUUUCCUUUCCAGGCCGCGGAGGUGGCGGCAACUAUGGCAGAGGUGGGGGAUAUGGAGGUAAUGAUUUUGGUCGUGAUGAUGGAUACUUCGGUGGCAAUGGUAUGUUGUGGGCCUGCACCACUCUCUCAGCUUGAACCUGUAAGCUUUAACCCGUUGUGACUGUUUCAAUAUACUUUAGGUGAUGCUGACUCGUCUGUUUCAGGAGGCAGAGGGGGUGGAUAUGGAGGAGGAGAUGGUGGUUACAACAAUGGUUAUGGGGGAGGAGAUGGUAAGAUUUGGAUUCUAGAAUGGCCAUUCAAUAGCAUUUAUUUUUUAUCAGGGUGGCAAUUUUAGCUGGUAUACAAGUAAACAUGAGUCGUUACAGCAGGAAAAACCUACCACAACAUACAUUAUAUGAAAACCCACAGCAAGACUAGUCCAUGUAUAUAUUUUUUCAGAUUGCAGUGUAUUUAGACUAGAACUUUCCUUUCUAUAGGUGGUUAUGGUGGAGGCCCUGGUGGUUAUGGUGGUGGUAACCGUGGCUACGGCGGAGGACAAAGUUAUGGUGGAGGACAGGGUGGCGGCUACGGUGGUGGAAAUGGUUAUAACGACUACAACAAUGGCAAUGGUGGAAACUUUGGCGGCGGUAAGUCCAUGGCUUCACCACAAGAAGCAGCCCCAGUUGGUGGUAAGUGGAUGGCAUCAUAGGCUGAAUUAAUUCUCACACUACAUUCUGUUUGGUAAAAGUAUUGAUCUGCUACAUACUGUAUGCAGCAAGCAACAAAUGUUACCAUACUACACCUUAGAUUUCGCAUGCUACAAAAUCGUAUAAUUGUAAAUUCAAAUAGCCUACUAAAUGGGAAGUAGUAUGAGAACUCUGUCAUGGCUGACUACGUUAAAGUGACGUACAAAAUACACUUAUAUCACAGCUCUACAUUUCCGUGGGCCUGUAAUGUCCAGAGAACCAAUUUCAGUAUAAGUAAUGUGGCUGUUGAAAAUGUGUUGCAGGAAACUUUGGUGGCGGUGGUGGCGGCGGCGGCAACAACAACUACAAUGACUUUGGCAACUACAACAACCAGGCUUCCAACUAUGGCCCAAUGAAGGGUAACAACUUUGGAGGCAGCGGUGGUGGUAGCAGUGGUGGGAGCAGUGGUGGUGGUAGCAGCAGUGGCAGGAAUAGUGGCCCAUAUGGAGGUAGGUGGCACCGACUGGUUUUAGACCAGGCACUGGUUAUGAGCUGUUAACACAUGUUGGUUUUGCACGCCUUCAGAGAACUUAAGUUAUAUAAGAAUACUUUGACUGACUUAACACACCGUAACUUGUACUUUCUGGUUGAUUGUUCAGCCUUUGACCUUUUUGUAUGUUUUGUUUCCCUGUUCCUUUCAGGUGGAUAUGGAGGUAGCUCAGGUGGUGGUGGUGGUGGUGGCGGCGGAUAUGGCGGGGGCUCCGGUGGACGACGAUUCUAA